AUGGAAAGAAAUUCCACUAGGAGUAGCACACCUUUUGGGUAUCUUUAUCCUUCAGAGGAGAUCAUGAAAGAAUUGUAUGUUAAUUUUGUUCAAGAUAUGAAUCCAGACGAAGUAGACUUCAUGCCAAGCCUAAUGUUUCAAGUAGAGCAAGCUCAUUGGCACUAUGAGGACAAUAUAGUAGAUCAAGAUCCUCGUUUCAAGUCCCUUAGCAUAAAGGACUUCACCUAUCUUUUCUUUAAGAGUUGUGAUCCAUUUAAAAUUUACCAUGCCAACCAUGUAGAUGAUAUACUUGAUGAAUUCAAGGCCUUUAAGCACUCCGUUCCAGUUGCGGGCUCAAUAAUUUUGGACCAGUCCCAUCAGAGGGGUUUGCUUGUGAAGGGCUGGAAGAGUAAUUCUUGGAGUUUUCCUAGGGGAAAGAGGGAAGAUCCUGAUUAA